AUGGACCCCAGCCGUCCCGGUCGCGGCGAGCGCCCACCCCUACCCCCGCGCCAUGGAAGUGGGAGUAGCAGCCGCAGUCCGUCGCGAGCUGCCCCCCGUCGCCAGUCCGCCCGCCGUGACUCUGCCGAAACAACCGGGCGCGCAGGGCAAGCGCGCCAGAUCCUCUCGCCCGUCCCGGUGACGAUGGCGCAGAAGGGUCUCACGCCGCCACCUCUGCCAUCGCGCGGGCCGAGUCCCAGCGUCUUCUCAGGUCGUGAAGGUAGCACCUACUCGCGGCGCAACGAGACCAUCACCAGUCCUCCUCCAGAGGGACUGGAGCUCUUUGCGCACCAUUGCCGCCUCUUCUUCUUCUCCACCACGCCGCCAGAAGCGUCACAAGCGUACAUCUCUGCAACGCUCGCGAAGCUUCCUCCCGCUCAUCGCGCCGCGUACACUCGCGUGCAGUCGCAGCUGCGCUCUGAGGCGCAUCUCCACCACCUUCGAGUGCGCAUCAGCAGUUUCCAUGCGCUGCUGUCAUCGACUAUCUCCAACGGCUCACUCUCCCUGCCCGCCCGCUCGGAUCUGGGCAGUGCCCGUGCACGCUCCGAACGCGCAGAGCGUCUUGACCACUUCAUUCGCACAUGGGGCACGUCUUCCACCGGCCCGCAGCUUCCGUUCUUCCGCGGCCUGUGGGGCGCUCUGCGUGUGCAGAGUCGCGGACCAAGCUGCGGAGGAGCAGGUGUGCGUCGCGUUGUGUGGGAGAUUGAUGACGCCGUGUUCCUCGAAUCAGGUGGACCCGAGUUCAUGUCCGAAGCUGUGGCCGUGCUCAAGGGUAUCCUCGGGUUCGAGGAUCAGCCACUUAGCACACCCCCCAAGUUGCGCCGUGUUAUUCCGGGGCCCAGCACCCCCGACGACAAUGAUUCGCGCGCACGCGCUGGCUCGGACCCAUUCACGGACAAGCGCACCCUGGGCGCACCCGCGCCGCAACCGCGUAAGACGUCCGGUCGUGGGCCGGCCCCACCGCCGCCCCCUUCGCGCCGCAAGGCCUCGCCUAACCUGGACGAUGCGCCGUCAUCUCCACCCCUGUCGCCGAAUAGCCCAGGUGACCGCGAGGCUUUGUUGGGCGGGGCGUCGCGCUCGCCCCUGGGCCUGACGGCAAUGGUCGCGGACGACAAGGACAGCAUCGACUCACGCUCCUUUGACUUGGGAGAGGAGGAGGCGGACCUGAACCGUCCCCGUUUCCGGCUGUGGACGUUCCCAGCGCAUAUUGCGGAUGACGAGGCCGAGUCGCUCAUGGCCCUUUUCCCGCGCUUCGUUGGGCGCACCGUCGACCCUCGCAUCAAGGCCAGCACCCCGGCCCCGCGUGACAAGGACCUCGAGCUCGGCCUCGUGUCUGGUGUGGCGAGUGACGUUUGGAGCACACUUAGUGUUGACGGGAUCGAGGUGCGAACUCCCCGCCCGGAGCGAGAGGAUGAGGCCGGUGUCGUGCGCUGCGGCACCGGCCGCAUGUGGGCCGGCGGUGCGGACCGCCGUGCGGGAUGGGAGGGCGGCACAUGGUUCCGCUUCAAGCGCUGGUGGCGGCGCCUGUUUGGGCUCGCGUAG